AUGCCGGAAUACGAUGCAGAGAAACAGCCGGCCACGGCUGAGUCAUUUCCUGAUCUUACAGACCCUCAAGUUGACGCUGUCGACUCGAGCCAACUCUCGCGCAGGCUAUCACCUCGCCAGGUGCAGAUGAUUGCUAUCGGCGGUACGAUCGGUACGGGAUUAUACCUCGGCACCGGCAGGGCUUUGGCGACUGGAGGUCCUGCCUCCAUGCUCCUUGCCUAUGCCAUUUGCGGUGCUAUUGUCCUCGUUACUAUGCUUAGCCUCGGGGAGAUGGUGGCUUUCAUUCCCGUGACUGGCUCGUUCUGUACCUUUGCAGGGAGAAGUCGUUUUGUGGAUGAAAGUUUAGGAUUUGCUCUGACAUGGAAUUACUGGGCCAACGAUGCAAUAUCGACUGCUUCAGACCUCGUCGCAUUGCAGGUACUGCUACAAUAUUGGACAGAUAAUUUCCCAGGUUGGGCAUUAAGCCUUAUCUGCCUUGCAUUUGUGCUUGGACUCAAUCUAUGCUCAGUGAGGAUUUUUGGAGAGGCUGAAUAUUGGCUCUGUCUACUAAAGAUUGUGACAAUAAUCGGUUUCAUCCUCGUCGGCAUCGUAGUGAAUUGUGGCGUCAACACUCAGCAUAGGUAUCUGGGCGACAGAUAUUUCUACCUUGACGAUGCCCCCUUCGUAGGCGGCAUCGGUGGUUUUGCAUCUGUCUUCGUCACAGCUUCUUUCGCAUAUGGAGGGACAGAGAACGUUGCUGUGACUGCGGGUGAAACUCGAAACCCAGCACAAACCUACCCUCGAGUGAUUCGCAACGUCUUUUGGCGAGUUCUCCUUUUUUACAUCGUCUCAAUAACUAUAAUCGGGCUCGAUGUACCAUACAACUACACUGGUCUUGCGAGUGAAGGCACUUCAACUAGCCCCUUCACUAUUGUUUUCGCCGAAGCCGGUAGUGCCGUCGCAGGCAGCUUCAUCAAUGCCGUGAUAAUGACAAGUGCUAUUUCAGCUGCCAAUCAUGCACUCUUCGCUGGAUCGCGCCUCCUCUACACCUUGGCAAAAGAGGGGUAUGCCCCUCGCCGGUUUGGCCUCACCAACCGCUUCCAAAUUCCCUGGGUAGCUGUGCUCACUACUACAACCAUCAGCGCACUAUGCUUUGGGGCCAGUAAAAUCGGAUCUGGACAGCUCUGGACGUGGUUGCAAAACCUAGUUGGGGUAUCCAAUCAGAUUUCGUGGACGUGCAUCUGUAUUUCUUCACUUCGAUUCCGUGCGGCUAUACGACGCCAAAAUCUCGAGCAUCUGCUGCCUUUUAAGAAUUUCCUGUACCCCGUGGGCCCGGCAUUAGCAGCCGGGCUAAACAUAUUUCUCAUCCUUGUGCAAGGCUGGUCUUGCUUUAGCCCAGAGUUCGACAUUAUUCGGUUCGUCUCAUACUAUAUAGAAAUCCCGAUCAUGGCAGCCAUGUUUCUAGGGUGGAAGUUUUGGAAGGGGACUAAGCUUGUUCCUCUCAAUGAGAUGGAUCUGGUCACAGAUAGGUAUCUGAUUGAAGGUGAAGGAAUAGCUGCCAACUCCCAAGAUGUUAAUAAGCCCCCAAAGAGCGCUUGGCCUACUAUACUAGGGGUAGGCAGAUUGAAGAGGGUUGGAACCUGGAUUCUAUGA